AUGAUGCUACCGGACCAAUUCCUGGCGUCGAAAUCAACGGACAGAUUCGCUCUCUUUGCGACGUAUGACGGACAUGGCUCCGCAAUGGUUUCUGAGCACGUCAGACAAAACAUCCUUCGCCUCCUCGUCGAACGACCGGAGUUUUCUCAGGGCGACUACGAGAUCGCCAUCACCAAGGCCUUUGCCGAGGAAGACGCUCUGCUUCUCAAACACGCUAUGGACGAAGACAUUGAGCCUGUCGUUGCAGGCUCAACAGUGGCGUUGUGUCUAGUCAAUCUGACAAAGGGAAUCAUGGUUGUUGGUAAUGUGGGCGAUUCGCAUAUCUUGCUCGCCAAACGAGAUCCUCAGGACGAGUCGAUUGUGUGGCAGGACCGCUUAACAAAAGCACACAAACCGGACACCGCGGCAGAAAAGAAGCGAAUCGAGGACGCCGGCGGCGCUGUGCAUGUAUAUAGAGGAACUGCCCGACUUGGAUCUCUAAAUAUGUCCCGCGCCCUUGGAGACCUGCAGUACAAAAACCCAAUUAACACAAUGGACAUCAGCGGCACCCCCAAAAGCAAACGCGCCAACGCGGCGUUGCCCGGGGAAAGAGGCAAUUUUUUAUCCAACGAACCGCACGUUCGGAGGGUCGAGCUAGACAGUGGUAGUCGGUAUGCCCUCCUGUGCUCGACGGACGGCGUUUCGGAUAUGACCGAGGAGAAAAAGCUCAUGGAAGACGUUAUGGGGGACUUUGUCCGGGGGCGAACGGCGGCGGAUAUCGCGAAUAGGGUCACGAGUAUCACUGCGAGGCUCCCGCAUAGCGAUAAUUGCACGUGUGUUGUGGCCUUUUUUAAUGGUAUUGAGUCACAGCCUACAUGA